AUGACAGGGAUGAGGAUAACUUGGCGUGAGAUGAACCUGCCUGCGAAGGUCACCUGCGUCGCCGGCACAGUGAUCAUGUCCAUCGGCAUCCUCAUGAUCGCAAUCCAUGCCGGGUCACAGAACAAUUCCGAGCCCACCCCGCUUGUGUCCUCGACGGAAGUUUUCAUUGUAGAAGGCCGCACAAACUUCUCGGUAUCCUGGAGCGGCACUGGCCUCAACAUUUGGAGCCUUUGGAGCAAUGAGACGAAUCGUUGCGGAGCUUACUUGGACUCCCUGAACAUCACCCGGCUGGAGACCGGGAGCCGUGAUUUCCUGACAUGGACUUGUAAAGGACGACUCAUUAUCCACGAUGGCCAAUUGCUUGAGCGGUAUGGACAAACUACCUACGAGGACUGGGGGACCUACAAUGUUACUAGCGACUUCCCCACAUGGGUCUCGGUGACCACAUGGCCCACCGGCAUUGAUAUGGGCGAUGAUGAGACAGGGGGUGGUUUGACCAUCGUUGGAUUUCUCGUCUUCUUGGCUGGAGUCAUCUUCCUCGGUGUGUCGUACGGUUGCUGCUGUGUAAGCAAGUACCAAGGAGGUGCGCCGCCGCUUGGUCCAAGCUCUCCCCCAACCUACACAGCAGGUGCGCUGGCCUCUCCCCCGUCCUACCAGGGCUCUCCGACCGUGCAGGCGCAGGAGGUCGUCGUGAUAGCCCAGGUGGUGGGAUAUGGAGAGGGAAAUCAGAGUGCGCCAAUCGCAUGA